AUGGGUAUUCUUAUCAGUCGAUUAUAUGAUGCAUUAGCUGCAUUUUCUAAUGGUACACCUUCGCGUAUUCUUAUGCUUGGUCUUGAUGCAGCUGGAAAAACAACUAUUUUAUAUAAAGUAAAACUUAAUGAAACUGUUCAAACUAUACCAACAAUUGGUUUUAAUGUUGAAACAGUAACACCUGCACCAGGAAUUACAUUUACAGUGUGGGAUAUUGGUGGACAAGAUAAAAUACGUCCAUUAUAUAGACAUUAUUUUGAGAAAACAGAUGGACUUCUUUUUGUUGUUGAUUCAUCAGAUCAAGAUCGAUUUAAAGAAGCACGUGAUGAACUAUUUGGUAUUGUUACUCAUGAAAGUAUGUCAUCGGUACCAUUCGUUAUUAUUGCAAAUAAAUCUGAUCUACCAACAGCUAUUAAACCAAGUGAACUUAUUGAACAUCUUAGUUUACAUUCAAUCUCAAGACAACGAUGGUAUAUUCAAUCAGCAUGUGCUGUUAAUGGCGAUGGUCUUGUUGAAGCAAUGACACAAUUAUCAAAUAUGAUAAAAGAAAAUCGAAAACGUACUCAUAACUAA